AUGAAGAGAGACUAUGAUGGUGGCAGCGAACGUUUCCAUAACAACAAGAAAAGUUUCCAUGACAACUUGAAACGUUUCCAUGACAACUUGAAACGUUUCCAUGACAACAAGAAAAGUUUCCAUAACAACAAGAAAAGUUUCCAUGACAACUUGAAACGUUUCCAUGACAACAAGAAAAGUUUCCAUGACAACAAGAAAAGUUUCCGUGACAACAAGAAAAGUUUCCAUGACAAGAAAAAGGAAGACGGCUGCUCCUCGACCUAUGUGGAGAUCACUGACUCCCUCUCAACCUGGGUCACCUGCGCCUCCAAGCAUGGGACACCCAGCGCUUCGUCAGAUAGUGUGGUUGGGGUGCGUGCUGGCGAGGGGCCCAUCGGCGUCCGGGUGGAGUCGACGGGCGUGGAGGAAGAGUCGCAGGUGUGUGGGUGGGGUUGGGUGGGAGAAGACAGCCGGUGUUUCCAGCUGGUGGAGGAGAAGACCAGCUGGGGAGAUGCAGAGAGGUUAUGUGUCAACCGAGGAGGACAUCUAGCAGCUGUUACCAGUCCCAAGGUGUCUGCCCUCCUCACACUCAUCACUGCCCACAGUGCGGGGUACACGCCCACCGCCGCCUACUGGGUGGGCGGCUCCGACACCCAACACGAGAACUCCUUCAGCUGGACCUCAGGGGCGCCCUUCUCCUACUCCGAGUGGUUCCCCGGCUGGAGUGCAGGUGGUUAUAAUGCCCAGCCAUCUGACGACGGUCGGGAGGAAGACUGUGUGGAGCUGCGGCGGAGCUUUAUGUUAGCUACUAAGGGUUCCCGCGCCACGCACCACCUCUUCUGGAAUGAUAGGUCCUGCCUCGCUGCUAACUACUACAUCUGUGAGAAGCCCCUACCUGGAGCUGUGCGGGAGGAAGAGAGAUGGUCGUGCAACAGGUCACUCACGCUGUCUCCUCACGCCCCGCCCACCAUCGUCACCUCCAGGUUUCCUGCCCACUACCCGCCCUCCCGCACCUGCGUCACCACCCUCACCGGCCCGCCCACCGCCCACCUCGUUGUCCAGUUCGACGCCUUCAUCCUGGAACCCCACCCAACGUGUGAGUACGACUGGGUGACGGUGGGUGAGGGUGGGGGGUCGACUCCUCCUGAGCGGAUGUGUGGGGACUGGUCCGCCAGGCUCAAGCUACUGCGCUACGUCAGCCACAGUAACAGGGUCGUGAUCACCUUCGUCACCGACUACGCCCACCACUUCCCAGGGUUCAGGGCUCGAGUCUCUGCCCGUACAGGUAGCGGGUGUGGUGACGGUCGUGAGGUGAGGCAGGGGGACGUAUGUUACCUGCUGGUGCCUUACCCAAGGGUCACCUGGAGUACUGCCACACACAUCUGUAGGGACAUGGAGGGUGACCUAGCCAGUGUGCCCAGCCUUGAUGUGUUGCGGUGGCUGGGGUCAGGACUACGUAGCCUCCCAGACUAUGGCACCGGGACACUUUACUGGGUGGGCGGGACACUACACCCCGACUCCCACACCUGGAGCUGGCGCGAUGGUUCUCCUCUCAAUGUUUCAGAGGUGGGAGGUGUGGAGGGGAGGUACUUGGCUGGGGAUGGUGUCUCUCUGUGUCUCAGCCUGCAGGAGUCGACAUGCCGCCACCGAGGCCCCGCCAGCACCGUCACCCACCGCUCUCACUCUCCGCCCACCAGUGUGACCUCUUCGGCGGCUACAUCUGCGCCAGGCGGGUACCCGCCACCUGGCUAUCCUUCUCCUUACCCCAACAACCUACACCUCACCCUCACUCUAAGGGGACCUCCCAAUUCUCGUCUGGUGGUGUCCUUUCUCAAGCUGGACCUCGAGUACCAGUCCGAGUGUCUAUAUGACUACGUCGGCCUCCAAAAUCCCCGAAGACCACAUGGAGCGGUACUUGGGACGACACAAUACCGACAUGGACAGCUGGUCUUGCUCGGCAGGUUUGACUUCGUGUCCGAGAGCAACGAAGCUUUGGUGACCUUCCACUCCGAUUGGUCUGUGGUGGGGGCGGGUGUGCGGGGACGAUGGCGGGUGGUGGACAUGUCAACUUGCCCCCACCAGGAGCUGACUGAACCAGAGGGAGUCGUCACCUCACCCAACUUCCCAGAGUUCUACCUGGCUCACCUCCACUGUACCACGGUCAUCACUGCUCCAGAGGGUCAGCGAGUGUGGAUCCAGUUCAAGGUGUUUGAAGUUGGUGGAGAGAACAGCAGCAGCAGCAGCACCAGCAGGAGGAAGAGGCCACACACCACACCACGUGGGGAUGGUUACUACCAAUACCAGUCCACCUCUGGAGAGGAACCUUCUAUUUUUUCCUCCACUUCCUUCAAUGCUUCUUCCAGUGUUCCCAGACUCAUUCGUGCAAUAUCCAUGACCCCCACCCCCUCACCCGCCACCACCUCCACAACACCCGGGCAGGGGGAGGCAAGGCACCGAUGUCAGGAGGAUUACCUGGAGGACUACAUCGAGGUGGAGGAUUGGUAUGCUGGACGGAGUGGCACUGUGUGGAGGAUCUGCAAGAUAGACCACUCAACUCACAAUGAAAUAUCUAUCAGAUCAACCUUCAACACCCUGUCCAUAAGGGAGGUUCACCUUGAUCCUCGAGCCCCCACUGUUGCCCCUGUAUCAUCCAGCAUCACCACUAAGUCAAUAUCCCUUCAUGAUCUAUUAUCCUCCUCCAGCACCUCCUCACCUUUUGGUAACUUGUCAGUUGCCUCAAAGAAACUCCUCUCAUAUUCCUUAGUUAAUUCCUUUACAUCUUCAUCUGUGUCGGACUCAUCACCAAACACUCCCAUAUCUCCCCAGAGGUCCAAGACAUCAUCAUUCACUCCUUCAACAUCCACAACCAACUGGGUGUCAUCUGUUGCCUUCUUCAGCGCCACUUAUGAAGUUCAUGCAGACCCUGGCUGGUUGAACCGUUCCAUAGGUGUGGGUGUUGGCAGCUUGGGUGUACGGGUGUCGGGUGUGGCCUCUUGUGAUCCAUCUCCUUGCCUCAACAAUGGCCGUUGCAUCACUGAGGGAACCAACCAUUCUUGCCUGUGCACCAAUGGCUUUACCGGUGCCUUUUGUCAGUGGUGCUUGUGUGAGAGGGGUUACGGAGGUCCUCGCUGUCAGGACCGCAUCUCCCCAUGUGAUGGUGACCCCUGUCAGAGCCGUGGUGCCUGCACGCCUGGCAACUACACCUUCAAGUGCCAGUGUCAUGCCUGGUGGGAAGGGGAACGGUGUGAACACAGGAUGCUGAGAAUCCCAUUCAAGCCGCUGUCAGAGAGGAUGUUUGAGGAGCCCUUCUGGCUUGGCCUCAUGACUGUGGCCAUCGUCAUGGGUUGUAUCGGCAUAAUCUUCUGCAUCAAGAAACACUUUGCUGAAAAGAUUGAGAAGUUCUUCGCUGAAGAGAUUGAAAGGAGCAAAUAUGAAGGUGGGACAUCGUUGUUUCUGGGCACGCUGGCACUUACUAAUACAGUACAGUAUUGUAACCUGGGUGGCCCCCUCCGCCCAGGCUUGAGGAAUGACUUUUUAAGGUUAAUUCUGCACAUCCAACUGCCAAUCAGAUACAAGGGAAUGAUCAUAUGCCUUAUCUUCCUGUACAGUACUAGCAUAUUGCAUCCUGGGAGAGCGGCCAAAUUAGUGUGCGCCUUCAGGAAUUUUAGUGGUAACUGUGUUGUGAGCCUUAAGUGGCAAGGUAUGUUGAUGUGUGGGCUGGUGUGUAGGGUGAGGACUGAGGCAUGUGUCGUUGCAGGUGCAAUGUCCCCCGCGCCCUCCCGUCUGGCGCCUCUGCCUAGUCCUACGGGGCUCAGCCCUCGUCCUCGUCCAAAGUCCCUGUUUGUGCGGCUCAAUAGUUUCCGCAAAGCCUCGCUUCUUAGCCUGUCCUCGACAGCGUCCAGUCCACAGUGCGAGGCUCCCGCAUUUACCUUUGACGAUUUGCUCAGGCUGCAUAAACGUGCAGGUGGGUCGGCAGCGGCCAGUAGCAGCAGUAGCCCUCGUCGCAGCAGCCACAAGUGCCGCUCUCAGACAACCAGCCCACGUGCCGACAGUAAGAAGAUCCUGCGACAUCUAGUGACUCCUCCCGUAGGUCACCGCACUGCCAGCUUUGACGAGUUCCUCCACUUGCGGACUCAGACCCCCAAGUGCAGUGUGGUGUCGGAGGAAUAUAAUCGUCUGCAGACCAUUGAUAAUAGGACUUCUUCCCCUGUGGUGGUACCAUUGGCGUGUUCUGGUACUUGGAGUCCUGUGCCCUUAGAACGUACACGCAGUGCCGACAUAGCCACAGAACUCCUCCGCAGUGACGCCGGUGAUGGGGCUGUUGCUGAGGGCCUGAUCAGGGAGACUUCUCUUAUCUGCCUUGCACCAUCACCCUCCAAACAGGACAAAAAAGUCACUUUUGCCAAGCUCCUGGAUAAGAUGUCCAAGGAGAUGAGUUCCUCCUCUUCAGAUAUGAGUUGCACCGAGGAAAAAUCACCCAGUAGAAUCUUCAGCUUUGGCGGUGUGCGCCGCUCCCCUAGAAGAUCACCAAGGAUAAGACACACCCAGCGAUACAGUGGGUCUGGGAGUGAGGAUGUCAUGGAAACACCCGAUGUGUCCUCGUCAGAAAUGACACCAGACCCACCUAAGCGACUCCUGACGGUGAAGAGCUCGUCGUCCCCCUCCUCCAAGACGUCCUCCCCACAGAGCCGCACCAAGAUGGUCAAGAUAUCAUCUGCUGACUCACUUCUUGCUAUGAUUAAAAAUUUUGGUGGAUCUGGUCGCCCCUCUUCCUCCAACCCUUCCAGUCCUCACGGCUCAGAAUAUGAUGAUUCUUCCACCCAUCCAUCGCCCUCCACCACACCCACCACACCUCAGAAGGCACUGCCACAGAACAAGCAAGACACCCUCACUGUCCCUGGGGCAUUACAGGUGCAGGUACAGUCUGCGGGUGGGACAACACAACACUCUGGGCCAGUCAUCACCUUGGAAGUGCCCACCAGUGACCAGCACCGCUGCCUCUCGCCCAUCACAGAGCUGCCCACACCAGUGCCCACGCCUGUUCCCUCACCCCUUCCCACACCUUGCAGAUACCGACCUAAGCCACGCACCAGUUCAGAAUCCAAUGACAACAAAGAUAGUGAAGAUACUGAAUCAGAAUUUUCAUUAUCCAUAUCUGUGGAACGCAGUAGUUCGGACAGCUCUGGUCCAGAUCACCGUGUCUUUUUCACUUCCUUGAAGAACAUGCACAGUCUUACCUAUGCCAGUGCUAGGUCAGGAACGCUGUCACCCACAGGAGCCACUGUCACGCCCUCCUCAUCACUCUCGUCCAGGACGCCUUCUCCAGUCACAUCACCCAAUAUUUCACCAGCAACUUCACCUAAAAUUAAAACAAAACCUCCACCUUUACAUAUUCCAAAUGCUAAUUUACUUCAGUUCAGCCCUGAAAAAGGUGAAUGUUCAUCAGUUGGUGCAUGUGGGGGCCUCAGUAUACCUGUCCCAGUGAUCAAGGUUGAGGAUACUGAUGAGGUACGAUGGGAUUCUGCACCACGGAUGCGCUCACAAAGUGUUGAUGUGGGGAGAGUCAUGCAAGCUCCACUCAUUACUAUCUCUUCUGCAGAUGAUGACCCUCAGCCACCACCAUCAUCACAGCCACAACCCAUAGUAAUACCAACUCUUAAUGUGACAUUAGCCUCACCUCCUGCACUGAAGAAGCAGUUUCCACCUGUGCCUACAAUCAGUAUUGAAGCACCCGAAUCUCCCAAGCCCCCCGUUCCUCCUCCAAGACGACAUCCACUACAACGAGAGAAGGCCGGGUCACUGGAUUUACAACCAGCUCCUGCCAUUACAAUCACCAGCAUGCUCAGUGAAGUUGAGUCUGACACAGACUCUCCAACGAGUGGUUGCCGGCGAGGGGGACCUCCUUCCUGUUACCUUAGUCCUUUUCUAGGGGUUGACCUCAGAGCCUCUGAAUCUAAUCUUAGCUCUUCAGGGUAUAGUUCUGCUUAUUCUCCAGGGCCCUCAAGGUGUUCCUCCAACAAUCCAUUGUGUCCAGAAGAACCAUCAACUCCCUCUGUGUCGUCAAUACCUUCCCGGCCCAUACAGAUCCCCAUCCCUCAACCUGCUGCUCCAUCUCCAAACAGAACUAAGCGCCGACCUCUGCUUAAAUCACCGCCCACAGAAAUUGUCCCCUUAUCUACUCCCUCCCCUCUACUACAAACUGACUCUGAAACCACAGAUGACCCCGCUGCCUCCCAACCAGAAGCUGAUUCGGCUCUGGAGUUGGACACUAAUGAUGAGUGUAGUGAUGGUGUAAUGCAGGGAAUUGAAGCACAAAAACCUGGAAUUGUAGAUGAGGCAGAGGCCCAGCGACAGAGGCUGUUGCUCUCCUCUAGCCAUUCCUUUCCCAAAGAGUCUCCCCGCCUAGCAAGGUCUCCACCAGCUAUUGUGGUUCAUUCCUCGUUGCACAGUGAAUCGUCUUUAGAGGACUGUUUGACUGAAAAACCUGCUCGACUGAGUCCAGUCAGUUCCCGUAGUGAAUCUCCCAUCAGUGACUCCCGUCUUAGUGUAGCAAGAAUAUAUCCAGCCUUUUUUGGUGUUAGUGGGAAGCCUGAGUUACCUUACACUGACUCAGAUGGACUCUAUGACUGCCCAUCAUCAGAAGUCCUUCACUCAGAUUCCCAUCCGUCUACUUCUACUCUCAAACGUCUAGGUCGCAAACGAUUAAAGCGAUCCUCAGGGAAGGGACUUAAGUCUUUGCUAGGCUUGGGAGGUAUUGGACCCAAUGAGGGAGUGUGUGGAGGUGGAGUUGCCGGGCAGAGUGAAGCAGUGAAGAGCCGCCUGGAGCCGCCUCACUGGGACAGGUCACCACGCCGUCAUUCACCCAAGCGACGUGUCAGAGCACAGACGAGUGUUGAUCUUCUGACGUCAUCAAAUGAGAGCAUCACUUCACAAAGCCCAGUGGGCAGCAGCUCCAGCCCAGGCGAAAAUGGAGAGACUCCGUUACAUGAGGGUGAGCGUGGACGUGAUGGCAGCUUUGUGGUGGGCCGUGGGGGCCGCCGCAGACGGCCGCUUCUCAGAGGGGAGUCUAUUCCCUCCAAGUACUUGACCCGACAAGGCUCCAUGGAUGCUUCUGGCGAGGAAACUCAGGAGGAGCAACUGAUGCUGAGGCCAUCCAGAGGGCCAGAGGAGCUUCCUCGACACCGUAAAGUUUCUCGCUUUAGAAACUUUGGUAACCAGAUCCGGGCUGCUGAAGUCUGGGUGUCUCAUUGCAGGUUCCUCCGGCGCCUGCAGCUCUCUCGGGGCGCUAAGGAUCACCUAGUUUCGCCGGCGGGGAGUUCAGACUCUGACCCGGAGGCGCCUCUCAUGGGCCUCCUUGCACGGACCAUCGAACAAGAGCAGUGGUAG